CUCAACCAGCUCUACCACCACGCAAUAUUACACCAAGGAAAGAUUGUGAGGUUAUACCUAUGCUAGGACUAGGACAACCUAGACACGCGAGUUCGCUAGCUUUUAAAUGACUGUCAAGUUCACGAUCGAUUAAUAGGAUCGAUAAAUUAAUGUGAUGACUGAACAAACAAGAGACUCAACAUCAAGCCCAUAUUGCGACAAUGUGGAUAAACGAAGACAUUCCAUGAGGAAAGAAUUUGAAAAUAUCGCAUCGUCGGAUGCUGAUGGCCUCGAGAAAAGUAGAGAUCGCAAUUCUUCUCGUUUUCCUUCUAAACGGAGUAGAAACGAAGUGGAAACUUCUAGUGAGGAAGAGGAUAAUCCAAGUGGUGGAGAGGAAACGCAGGAUAAUUCAAAUCAAGAGGGCAAUAAAUUGGAGAUCAAACAGCUGAGAAUUUGGGCAAUUCAAUAUCAAAUUCCACCGGCUCAUCUGGAGCCUCUACUCGUCAUUCUGCGAGCUAGACUACUUCCAACUUUACCUAGAUCAGCUGAAAAAUUCUUAGACGAAUCACAACCACCACCUGCCAAGAAGAGAAAAGAUAGCGAAAAAAACGAGUGCUGCAGUCCUGCCCUGCUUAAAGAAAUCUUGAAGAAAUUGACUUCUAUUGAAACUGAUGUGAAGAAAAAUCGAGACACUCUCGCCAACAUCGAAGACUGCCUUCAAGUAAAAGAUGAUUUUGUAUCCGCUGAUUUCUCAAUCCCAACAAAACACGAAGUGGAAUUACCGAUCAAUUCAGUUGAUGCACUUCUCCAUUUCGAGCAAAAACUAACGGACGAUCGAAGGUGUCUCUCCGAUACUCUGCAAGUGAUGAAACGGCUGAAGUCCUCAAAGGUAUCAAUAAGUGCCACAUCGAUUUUGAGAAAAUUUCUAGGUCGUAAUGUGGCAACUCAGUACACAGCAACGAAAAAAAUGAGUGAUAAAUUAGUGAUGGAGACUCACGUACCAAAAUUCAUGGGUUGUGUCUUAGAGGCACUUAUGGCAACUCACGAGGGUCUGUCGGACAAGGAGGCUAAAGCAGCUGUGGGCACGGCUCUGACCCAGUCUAAAGGCUGGGAUGGACAGCGAUCUGACAAGACUAAAAAGCCGACCAACAGCUCGGCCUCUGUUAUUAAGGAAGAGGAUAUUCUCGACGCCGACUCUAUCAUGUCUAAUACGUGGAUGGGAGAGAGGUUUGGAUUAGACACUUCUGCGUCUGAAUAGCAGGUAGAAAUUGUGAUAAGCAGCUUUCUUCCAACGUUAUCAUAUUUUUGUAUUUGUAAAUCAUAAUAAAUGUUUUCAUUCAUAA